AUGAACUUCAGGCAAAUCCUUGCGGUUGCCCUCACGGCAGUUGCUGUCGAGGCUCGCAGCAUUCGCCGCGAGACCAGCGACGCAACUCUCCCUAUCGUCAACACUACUCUGGGCCAGCUUCAAGGCUCCCUCUCCAACUUCCGAUCUCCUUUGGUCACUUCAUACAAGGGAAUCCCUUACGCCAAAGCCCCCACUGGUGACCUGCGAUGGAAGGCGCCCGUGGCUGCGGAACCUUGGGACGGCGUCUUCAACGCCACCGAGUUCGGCCCACAAUGUAUGCAGAUCUACUCUGAUGCCGGUAUCUUCUCGUCUGGCAAGGAGACCAUGAGCGAGGACUGCCUCACUCUGAACAUCUGGACACCUACCUACAACGACACUUCGGACCUCACGUCCCUGAACACGCCCGUGUACUUUUGGAUCUUUGGAGGUCGCUUCGAGGGCGGCUCUGGCGAUGUCAAGACAUACGACGGCUCUGGUCUUGCUUCCAAGGGCGUUAUCGUGGUGACCCUGAACUACCGUCUCGGCGCGUUCGGAUACCUGGCCCACCCUGACCUGCAGGCUGAGGAUGCGAACAACUCCACUGGUAACUACGGCAUCAUGGAUCAACAGUUCGCGCUGAAGUGGGUGCACGAGAACAUUGCCAACUUUGGUGGCAACCCCGAGCAGAUUGUUGUCGGCGGCCAGUCGGCAGGCUCCUCCAGCGCCCUGGACGUCAUGUAUAGCCCUCUCACGGACGGCCUUGGUGUUGCUGGCAUCAUCGCCGAGUCUGGCGCCCGAGGACCCCAGGACGAGAUGACGGGAGGCCUGGCCACUUCGUACAGGAACUUCACCUGGGCCAUCUCGGAGGGCGAGAACUUUGUCGCCAACUCCCUGAACGUGUCGACCAUCGCCGAGGCGCGAAACAUCUCGGCUGAGACUCUGGCUACCUUCGGCAACGACAUGGACACCAGCAUGGACGGAACUCCCUUUAUCGCCGCGUCUGCUGCUUAUAGCGACCCUCCUUACUGGCGCCCGACGAUUGAUGGUUACGUCCUGGCCUACAAGUAUGGCGAGGCUCUGCUCACCGGAAAUCACCUCGAUGUCCCCAUCCUGACUGGCAACAACAAGGACGAAUCUGGCGCAGCUCCCGACACGGACCUGACGGUGGCCGAGUUCACCUCCGAGAUGACCUCCGUGAUGCAGAACUACUCGACUGAGUUCUUCAAGCUGUGGCCGGCCGGCGACAACUCCACUGCUGCCAGCGACCAGUUCAACACCUUCUUCCGUGACCUCAGCCGCGUGUCCACCUGGACCUGGGUCAAGGACUGGAUCGCCGGGGGUGCCACCAGCAAGGUGUACACCUACUACUGGACGCACACUCCUGCUGAGAACUCCGGCAAUGGUGCUUACCACGGCAGCGAGCUGUGGUACACCUUCAACAACAUUCCUUAUGCCGACUACGACAACGUGACCUGGACCGAGGAGGACUACCAGAUCGAGAGCAUCAUGUCUGACUACUGGGUCAACUUCAUCAGCACUGGCAACCCCAACGGUGCCGGCACCAGCAACCUCACCAACUUUAUCGAGACCACUAGCGACAGUGCGCAGACCAUGUGGCUUGGUGACAGCUGGGGUGCCAGCUAUCUCGCCGAGAGCGACGAGAGGGUGCAGUUCAUCCUGAACUGGCUGAGCAUCUUUGACAUGUACUAA